AUGAAAGAAACUUCCACCGUCGGAGACAGUGAAAGCUACUUCCAUUUGGCCGUAACAGGACAACUGGAGUCUGCUUACUUCCCGAUGGGCCCAGAUGGUAGCAGUUUGUUUUGCCGUUACGAUAUCGUUGCAGGACCUGACUGGGAGCUGGUAUCCGGCAUGCGAUCGGGAGUUACGCAAAGUGCCAGGGCCGAGAGGGACUAUCGGAUGGUGGUGUUCAAUAUGCCUCUAGAAUUUACGAUGAAAUCCACCAACCCGCACGGUUGGCCACAGAUUGUGUUCAGUUUGUAUGGAAACAAUGUUUGGAACGUGGAAACAAACAGGGGUUACGCGAGAAUACAUUGCCCGCUUGGCGGAACGAAACGCACACUGCGGGCACCGCUGUUGGUGCCUAAAUUUAGCAACAUAUGGUCAGCUGCAAUGAGCUGGAUCACUGGAGUUAACCCGGAGAUGCGGGAUCCGAAAAUAUUGGCUGAUAGCUCGAAACAUAAAGGUCUAGCGUCCGAAGCUUAUGGUGAGUUGGUAGUCAGUUUGCAAACGAUUUCACGUGGCUGCAGCAAAAUGGCCCUUGACUGGGGACAAUCGUACGAUUAA